AUGGCCAGCGUGUGCUUUGACGCGACAAGAAGACGGCUGCUUCACUGCAAGAGCCCGAGGUGGCGCCAUCCGAUUCCAGACACAAUGCCGUUCACUGUCGGAGGAACACAAGACAGCAUGGAGAAGGCUCUGGAAGAGAUCAUGAUGGAGGAAGACGACGACUUGGGUCCGUCGCUAGCCAAACGACGGAGGAUGCAUCCUGGAGCCGCAAGUCAUACCGUCGAAUGCAAGAACAUGUUCCAGAGGUCGUUGGAGAUCAUCAAGGGCACGUUGGAUACAUACGGACGAGACAUAUGUCUUCAUCCAAACACCAUCAUGCAGAACACUAGGAGCAUGCUGGACGGUUUGCGCACAAGGCAUCCCUGGAUGUCUGAGCAGUUCAGACGCAUUAUCCUGGUGGCAGCUCACCUGUCCGAAGGCAAGAUUGCAGAAAAGCCAAUGCUUCCCGACGCUGCGGCAGUGACUCGGAUGGUGGAGGGAGAUCGUCACAUGCGUGUGCAUAAGGGUUUCCUGUACAUCUAUGACGACGAUGGGUGUUUCAUGCCCUCCGGAGGUAUCCCGCCGGAGGCCGUUCUACACAGAGUUCAUGAUUUCUUUUCGUGUCUGGAAGGCAUGUUCAGACGAAUGAAGCCAGAGAUUCGUCGUUCGGCCGAGUCGGUUGCCAAUGCGGCUGCUGCCGAUAUGCAGACUUUCGAAAAUGAGGCCGAAUUCUUCGCUUCGUGUCGAACUGCAAGCAGUCGGAGAUCAGAGACUCCUGCUUACUCUCAGAGGUUGGAUGCGGACGCAGAUAAUGAGACGGAAGGUCUGGAAGAGAACCAGCGACCUGAUUGUGGCGGAGAUGGACAGUGGACUCCGGACAUGGCGGAGAAAACAUGGCAGGUCUCGCGCACUUUGAAGCAAGAGCUAAUGCAAGCAAGAAUGAUUGCCUUGUUGGUGGAAUGGUGUGAGUCCGAAGAUAUAAGGUCGUCCACAAUCUGCUACGACGACAUCUGCUUUGCCUAUGACCGGCCAAACUCGCUGAAUCCAGUGGAAGUCAUCAGAAAGGGAUCUCACAACAAUUGUUACGUCAGGGUUCCACAUCCUCUACUUGAUCCGGUGAUGGAGGCCAACAUGCAGAGGCUGCAAAUGUUUUACGAAAGAACAUUUUGGUGCAAUCUGGACGUGUACAGAGGUGUCGGACAGAGUCUGUAUUCGCUUCAUCUGUCCGAAAUGUACAAACAUAAUCACAGCUUUUUUGACCCCAACAUUUGGCAUCUCGAUGAGGAACUUAGAAAACAGGUGGAAUCCUUCGCGAAGUGCUUCAUUCUCACUGGCCAAGAGGCGCCCGAAACCAGCAAGAAGAUGCAUCUGGAUCUUUACAAAAAAACACGUUCGGGAGAUGGUAUCAUGGGCAGGAAGCCUUAUGGCUACAGCACCCGGAUGUUCCAGAUGAUCGGCUGGACUAGGCUGGAAGUCAAUCGCAUGAUGGCCUUUCUGGGAGUUACCAACCAGACUUUCCAUUCUCUCUUCCGAAGAUCAUUCGUUUGGAAAGCCAAGGCCCGCUUCGUCCACCGGAAGUUCUUGGCGAAAUAUCCUGAGCGUGAGAAAGACGGAAUUUUCGAAGCUGAUCCCAGUCUCAACAAGUUUCUAACAACCUCACAGGCAUCUGUCGCCGGUUUGAAGUUGCAGUGGGCCUUCGAAAUGGACUUCAAUAAAGAUGAUUGUUAUCAGUUAAUCGAAAACUACUGCAACGGGGGCGACGGCUAUCUCACGGAGGAUGUGAUGAGAGAGGCAUGUGGUCUGCCGGUAAGGGUCCGACAAGUGCAGGAGGAGGAGGGAUUGAGAAACCUCCUAGCAGGCGAGCAGGAUAGUGCAGACGAAAGAGAAGAGCGAGACACCCAAUGGACAAACUUGCAAAGGUCGAUCGUUGCCCACAUGCUUGACAAUGACUUGGACAUACUCACCUUCUACGCAUUCAAGAAGGAGAAGCCUGGUGCAUUCAUUCCUAUGAUGACAUUUGGAACACAGUUACAGGCUGUAUGCCCACAACCUUCAUUGGAUGCAAUCAGACUGGAAUUCGAAGAGGAACACGACAUAGGUCUCAGCAAGAGAUAUGCCUUUGGUUGCAGCGGUCGCCCUGUCAAUGCGGACAUCAUGAAGAAUUACUACAAGGCGAAGAUCCCCGUUGGCAAGAAAGGACGAAGAUCUGCAGAGCAAGAGGAAAUCUUGAACCGCUACCAGCAGCUCGUCAGAAAGAUUGACGAUCACGAAAGGUCAAUCAACUACAUCCUGGAGACCAAGAAACGGAGACUCGUUGGGAAGAGGUCCCAAGACGAGGACAACAUCGAUGUGACGCAGUCUGAUGGACCAGUGGCGAGUAUGGGAAGCUCCAUGAAACGAUCGCUCUCUGUGACCUACGGGUAUUCAGAAAAGCAAGACUACUCCGUCAGGACCAGGCGAUACACGGUCAAUGGCGGAGUUCAGGCUAUGUCUCGCCUGCUGCAAUAUCAUGUCGUUGGCAGUCACACAGUCGACCUCGACGUACAGAACUGUUGCUUGACACUAGUUCAACAAAUCAUCGCCAAGACUUGUCCUGAACCACCUCUUCCUGAAGAUCUAGCGCAAAUUUUAGACAAUGUCGUCAAGAACCGGACGGAGUUCGUGAAGAAGCUCGGCCUCGGCAUUUCGGAAGGCAAGGAUGUGAUCAACACAGUCUUCAACGGAGGCAGUCCUCCCUCCAGCCUCAAGAACAACGAGCUCAUCAUCGGCCUACAGAAGAUCUCCCUGUACGUGAGGUGGAUGGCCUGCAAUCUACUUCACGAGGACUAUAUGUCCAUGACCGAGAAGAAGGAGAAGACAUUUCCCACAGCUACCACGUUAUCCCUCAUGUGGACAGCAGUGGAGGACAUGAUCUUACGAUGUUGGACAGAGCACGUAUUGAGUGGCCCCUCGAAACCCAAACAUCUUUCCUUGCAUUUCGAUGGACUUCGCGUCUCGACCGACUACAUUGGAUCGGAGCCUGAGGAUUAUAUCAAGACAUGCGAGAAGGUCAUCCAUGAGAAAACUGGAAUGUCAAGAUCGUUGCUAAGAAACACAUGUCAUUCUCAAAGCUCGUGA